CUUUGACGGGUCUUUUCGCUUUUAAGAUUUCUUUCGGUUCGUUGCUUUCAUUUUUAACCGGAAGUUUAUUUUCGCCGGUGAAUUUCUUUGUUUUUGGAAUAUUUAAACCCAUCUUAAACAAUGAGCGGGGGAGUGUAUGGUGGAGAUGAGGUUGGUGCACUUGUGUUUGAUGUUGGUUCCAUGUCAUUCAGGGCUGGAUAUGCUGGUGAAGAUACUCCUAAGGCCGAAAUUCCAUCCAGUAUAGGAGUGGUUGAAGAAGCUGAGGUUGCCAUGGAGACAGAUGAGGUUAAGAAAGAAGCUAGCAAGAAAUAUUGUAUUGAUACAAACUCACUUAGAGUGCCCAGGAAAGGAAUGGAAAUACAGACCUUUCUUAAAGAUGGCAUGAUUGAGAACUGGGAAAUGUUUGAGCAGAUGUUAGACUAUACCUACAAGAGACAUAUUCAGUCAGAAUCCCAGGAACAUCCUGUAUUGAUGUCAGAAGCAUCUUGGAAUAUUCGUGGGAAAAGAGAAAGACUUACAGAACUUAUGUUUGAGAAAUACAAUAUUCCUGCUUUCUUCUUGUGUAAAAAUGCUGUCUUAUCAGCUUUUGCCAAUGGAAGAUCUACAGGUCUUGUGUUAGAUAGUGGGGCAACACAUACAACAGCUGUGCCUGUCUAUGAUGGAUAUGUCCUCGGUCAAGCUAUUGUGAAAUCUCCAUUGGCAGGAGAUUUCAUCAGCUUGGAGUGCAGGAAACUCAUGGAAGAAUUAAACGUUGAUGUUGUUCCACCAUACAUGAUUGCAUCAAAGGAACCAGUAAAUGAUAAUCAGCCCGCCAAGUGGAAGAAGAAAGAUAUACCAGAAGUGACCACAUCCUUCCAUAACUACAUGGUCAAGGAUGUUUUACAAGACUUUGCUGCCUCAAUUCUCCAGGUUUCAGAUGUUCCAUUUGAAGAAAGUGAAGACUUACACAGCGGAGCAGAUAGCAUGCCUUGUACACAAUAUGAAUUUCCCAAUGGAUUCCACCGAGAUUUUGGUGAGGAAAGAAUUCGGAUACCUGAAAUGUUGUUUGACCCUUCAUACAUUAAGGAUGUUCCAAGUAAUUCUAUGUUGAGUAUGGGUCAUGUGAUCACAACCAGUGUGGGCAUGUGUGACAUUGAUAUUAGACCUAGUUUAUACAGUAGUGUGAUAACAGUAGGUGGUAAUUCCCUCUUGAAUGGUUUCACAGAUAGGCUUAACAGAGAUCUCAGUAAUAAGACACCCUCAACAAUGAGACUAAAGUUGAUUGCAGCAACAGGGUCAUCAGAGAGAAGGUUUAGCAGCUGGAUUGGUGGAUCUAUCCUUGCUUCCUUGGGAUCCUUCCAGCAGAUGUGGAUUUCUAAACAAGAAUAUGACGAAGGCGGUAAAAACUGCAUUGAGAAGAAAUGUCCUUGAAAUGAUAACAAAUGUGACUUGGAUUUUAAUCUUACCAUUAUGUGUUCACUUGCAGAUUUACCAUAGUUUUCUUGGCUUUUUUUUCAACAGACUGUGUAGUUAAUUGAUUUCUGAGUGAUACAACAUAUUAAAGAUGGAAAAUGUAUUGAUGUACAUGCAGAUACUGAUGUUAAGAUGGCAGAAUUGUGAACAAAUUCAUCAGAACUGUAUCAUGCACAGUUGGAAAGAAUAUAAUUUAAUAACAUUUAAAAAGUUAAAAGCAGAAACUAUUUCAAACCAAGUUAGGCAUAUAUGUUACUUGUAUAAGUUACAAAUUUCAAGGGUUUGGUAAAAUAUGUUUUUCAAAGUACAAUAUUGAUGUAAACAUGGUGUAAGAUAUAUUCUUAACAAUUAAUUUGCUUGCUUAAUUAUGAAUAUCUCUUUAAUGUACUAAGUUCUAAAUUCAAAAGCAGGACAAUUACACAUGCUUAAAUAUAUUUCUGUCUGGAUUAAGAACAAAUUAAGUUAUAAUAACUGGGUUUAUUAUCAUGAAAUCAAAGUUCAUGUUUUCCUUGAUGUACAGAGAAAACUUGCUAUAGUUGAUACAGAUGUUGAAAAAUGUGUAGAUUCAAUUGAUGUGAAUAUGAAGUUUUUGUAGUAAAAAUAAAUAUUUGAGUACAACACAGUG